CUGGGGCUGGGGAGGAGCCGGGGAAAGGCGGCCCCAGCCCAGAGCGCAGCCAGCGGCCGCGGGGAGAGCAGGCUGGGCGGUCGGGGAUCAUGGGGGAGAGCGCGCUGGAGCCCGGGCCUGUGGCCGGAGCGCCGGCGGGGGGCCCCGUGCACGCCGUGACGGUGGUGACCCUGCUAGAGAAGCUGGCCACCAUGCUGGAGGCGCUGCAGGAGCGGCAGGGGGGCCUGGCUCGGAGGCAGGGCGGCCUGGCGGGCUCCGUGCGCCGCAUCCAGAGCGGCCUGGGCGCGCUGAGUCGCAGCCACGACACCACGAGCAACACGCUGACACAGCUGCUGGCCAAGGCGGAGCGCGUGGGCUCGCACGCUGACGCCGCCCAGGAGCGCGCCGUGCGCCGUGCGGCCCAGGUGCAGCGGCUGGAGGCCAACCACGGGCUGCUGGUGGCGCGCGGGAAGCUCCACGUCCUGCUCUUCAAGGAAGAGGCUGAAAUCCCAGCCAGCGCCUUCCAGAAGGCACCGAAGCCCUUAGGACCGGAGGACCAGUCCGAGCCCAGCCCAGAGCUGCUGGAGGCCGAAGUUGGGGAGAGCUCCGACGAGGAGCCGGUGGAGUCCAGGGCGCAGCGUCUGCGGCGCACCGGGUUGCAGAAGGUACAGAGCCUGCGAAGGGCUCUUUCGGGCCGCAAAGGCCCUGCAGCGCCAACGCCCACGCCUGUCAAGCCACCUCGCCUUGGGCCUGGCCGGAGCGCUGGUGGCCAGCCCGAAGCCCAGCCUGCACUGGAGUCCAAGCAGGAGCCAGAACCUCCGCAGGACGCCGAGGAAGAUCCCGGGAGACCCGAGGCUGCUGAAGCAGCUGUGCUCCAAAUAGAGAGUGCGGCCUGAUGGUUGGUGCUGCCGGCGUCCCUUGUGCCUAAGCCUAGUCCCAAAAUAAAUCUUCCUCUCAAAAUGCAGCAUUCACGCCCAAAUAAGGAGUGAAUCCUGCAUCCACAACCCAGCUCUGGGCUCUCCCUUCCUGGCCCCUUCAGCCUAGCACCUUGUGUCCUCUAAAAGAGCAUUCACGCACACCUGUUUGCACUCACCAUCAAUAAAAGGAAUGUCACCUAAUCCAGA